UCGACCGUCUCGCCGUUGCUCUCCAUAGCGAAUCUUGAUGCCGUGCCCCGGAAAAGAUAGCUAGCAGGCAAUCCCGAUCCAAUCCCAGAAACCAAAAAGCCGAGAUUCCAGCACUCUUCCCUCGGCCUUCUCUGCCACAUCCCACCAACACCAGGCCCGAUUACGUAUCCGGCACUCCCAUCUCCAUGGCGCGCCCCCAAACCUCCCCGAUCUUGACUCAGCUGCGCAACGCCAAAACAUGCCCCGAGCAGUCGGCAGCGCUACGAGCUCUCAAAAAUGAGAUAGUUGGGCACCACCAGAAGAAAGAGACAUGGGUCAGCCAGGGCGUGCUGGAGCCCGUCAUCAGGACCUUGACAUCGGCCCGAUCUACAGCCAAGGCGAAUAUUACAUCCAAGGAUGCUAGGCCGCAGUCAAUGGGGCAGCGGCCCCUGUCAGACGAAGACAGCGUCAGGCUGCAAGCCUUGCAGAUCAUCACAAGCUUCGCCAAGGGUGGCCCUCCUUUCCUACCAUCCGUCCACGCCUCCCGAGCUCUCCCCGCGAUCCUCGCAUGUACAUCUCCCAAUGCCAACGCGCCGCAAAUCGUUGUUGCCGCUCUCAAGGCCAUUGCUGGCAUUGCGGACGCAGCUGCUCUGGCAUCUCCGUCGUCCCCGCUCGAUGUCCUAGCUCUUGCUGACGCUAUAUUCACAUCGCCACAGCACCUCGAGUCCCUAUGUCUCAUACUUGCUACGACUUCGUCGAGUCACUUGCAGCAGAUCCAGGUGGAGCUUGCCGCCAGUUUGAUAUCUCGCAUCUGCAGAGAUGAACGGCACCAGCAGGCUCUACUACACUCUGGCGUUUUGGACAUGCUCGCUUCACGUUUGGCCAGCUUCGCCGUCAGUCAAGGUCAUGUUGUGCCAGGAGCCGAGGCGCAAGCUUAUAGCGAUGGCCUGUAUGAGGCCUUCCCCAAAGAAGCUCCCCACGGAACUCAGAUUGGCCCCAUUCUUGGAGCCGUGGUGGCUAUUCUCGGAGAUUCAAAGUACAGGGCAAUCCGGUUUAUCAACUCCCCGGCGAUUCUCGCCGUCUUUCCUUCCAUCGCAUUCGAGGCCAAUGGCUUGGGCGACUCCAAAACACAGAACCGGACGGCCAUGGACCAGUUGCUACCUCCUCCCUUCUCAGCAACUCGAAGUCCCCCGCACUCCCAUCACCAUUCUUCCGCCAACACACCAGACCAUCCAGAAUCACGAACUCCGAGCCAAACGCCUGGACCCAGAUUUGUCUCCCCGGCCGCCCUGGAGUCGAGCUUGGACAGCUCAUCAGAGGACGUUGAGAGUCCUUUCAUUCCCUGGUUGAUAGUACAAGCCAGGGCUCUUAGCGGCUACGGGAGGCUCAUGGCGGCCACCAUUGUCACAUCCCUCUUCAAAGCAGGUCUAGGGCGUAAAGGAUGGAGAGAAACCAGCCUCGGUACGCUAAUAGUGCCACUUCUCAUCGACUUGAUUACCAAGAAUGACAAGGACGAUGCUGAGUCGCAAACCUCAUUUGACGAAACCCAGCAUCUCAUCUUAGAAAAGGCACCGGCUACAUUGGCCCGCCUUAUCACUGACAGUGAACAACUCCAAAAAGCUGCCUACGACUGUGGUGCUGUCAAGGCGUUGACCAAGCUUCUAAGGCGCGCCUACAGGUCCGUAUCCAUUCUCGAGGCAGCCAAAUACUGGUCUCCGCAACCUGAUACCGAUAUGGAGGAAGAAGGACCCUCUAUGUCACAGCUGGGCCAAGCUGGCCAAGAUCCACUUCUCUCUCAUCGUGUGCGGCUCAGGGAAUCAACACUCAAAGCCAUCGGCGCUGUUGCCUCUGGGAAGGAAGACUACAGAAAAGCUUUAGUUGACGAAGACUUCAUCCCUUAUGUGAUGGAGUCGCUUAGCGAGUACCCCAAGAGGCCCAAGCAGAUAAAGGAUCGUCUCAAGGACAAGCCCAGCGGAGAACCUGAAGCACAACCCAGCGUCUCAUCAGCAUACGGCGCCAACCCAUUAUCCGUCAUUGUCGCGGCCUGCCACGUUAUCCGGAUGCUUUCGCGAUCCAUUAGCAUACUACGCACGACUCUGGUUGAUCACUCCGUCGCCAUGCCUGUCUUUAAGUUCUUAAAGCAUCCAGAUAUCGAUGUCCAGAUUGCAGCCACGGCUGCUAUUUGCAACCUAGUCUUAGAGGCCAGUCCAGUCCGUGAGCUCCUAGCCGAAAACGGUGUCAUGAAGAUACUUUGCGAACACGCUCACUCUGACAAUCCAGUCUUACGACUAAACGCCCUGUGGGCUCUUAAACACUUUGUAAUUGCCGUCAGCCCUGACCUGAAGCGAUCUUGCUUGGAACAGCUUGAACCAGAGUGGCUGGUGCAACUCAUUUACGAUGACGGCCAAGAUGCUGCGCCAUAUAACACACAACCUAUUCAGUCUCCAGACGAUGAUAUUGAUGAGGAGAUGGAUGCGACGCCGUCUGACGAACAGGUGCGGUGGAUGUUUGCAGCCAACGGCAAUCUGCAAAAGCUAGAUGCUUCAAGAUCCACCAAGCUGCGCCAGGCAGAGGACAAGCUCGCCAGCAUACGUGAAUCUGAGCUCAACUCAUUCAAGAGAUCCAGGAGCGAUGAAGUAGCAGUUCAAGAACAAGGCCUAGAGCUCAUCAGAAAUCUGGUGGGACUAGGAGUGGGUGCCUCUGCGGAGUCGCCUUAUGAUACCACCGAGAUGAUCGACUACUUGUUCAGCACUAUUGGACAAGAGCGUCUUUUUGACAUAUUGUCUUCAAAACUACGAGCCAAAGUGCUUCAUCCCUUCUCUCGGCGAACCGCAACACCCGGACAGGAGACCAGGCUCAUACAUCCCCAUGCCAAAAUCAUUAUCCCCGUCAUUUAUAUCCUAGUCCACAUAGCCGCCAGCACCAAUCAGCACCGGCAGCUAGUCGUUGGGCAAACCGACUUGCUCAAGCUUCUCUGUCAGCAAAUCAGCAACAGGGAUAAGGAAGUUCGCGUUGCCGUGUGUCACCUCAUCAUCAACCUCACAGGCCACGAUGAGGAAGGUGAGGGAGAAGCUUGGUCUAUGAGGGCAGCAGAGUUGAAAAAGCUAGGCUUCUAUAACAGGAUGGAGUUUUUGAAGCACAACGACAGGGAUCUCGAUGUGAGGGAGCGUGCUAGGACCGCGGUCUACCAGCUAGAGAGGGCGAUCGCUUACUAGAGGAAUCGAUUCUCCGGUUCUGACCCGCCAGGGCUCAAUGACAUCAUCAUCACCAUGCCCAACGACGUACUCGAGAACCAAGACGACGAUUCAACUGAAGUCGAGAUUAAGAUCGGAGACAAUAAACCAGACGUAAUUGAAAUUGAUGUUCCGAGCAAUACUGUGGUCGUUGUUAAUUUCCAAGACGAUGAUGCAACUGAGCCUACGCCCGAACCCGUGGCCGGGCGACAGAGACGUUUGAUUGGAUGGCCGGACAAUGGAUUUGCAGGAACCGUGGAACGAGAGACCACUUUGCCUCUUGAUACACCAGAGGACCUUGUUGUAAUUGUGCGUCUCCCACGCGACCCUUGAUUUUCUCGAUUCUUUUCCGAAUUCCUUGGCGGGAACAUGGCAAGGUAUGUUUUUCUUUCAUUGGAAAGCGAAAAAGACAAAAGAAGAAAAAAAAAAGAAGAGGAAAAGGACGGAAGCGAGAAAAGGAUUGAGAGAUACGGGAUAUUCUGUAGUGAAGUCAAUACUGUACAGACUCAAAAAAAAAAGGGUUGGUUAUAGCAGCG